AUGUCAUUAUGGAUUGCCUUAAAACGAAAGUUUUAAUAACUAAGAAUGAGAAAUUAGAUUUUUUUAAUCAAAAUAAUUGUGCUGCUUGUUAGUUUUAUCUUUAUUGGAUGUUGUUAUAUAGUUCAAAAUAACAUCAUGAUAGGAAUAUAUGAAGACUCCUCAAAGAUUGUACUCCACAAGCAGGAUAGAAAGUCUCUUAUGCUUUUAUUACCUUAACUACAUUAUUACAUAGUCUCAAAAUAACAAUCAAGUAUUACUUUAUUAUUAUUGAGCCAAGGAAUAUAACUUUUAACUAGUAUAUCUACUUUUUACUAAUAACUCGACAAAUUUUCUAUAUCAUCAAAUUUUAAAAAUUCUCUUCCAUGCGAAACAAUUGAUUAAAUAAAUUUUUUGUUCAAGAUCCCAGAACCUUGUCAUACUUGCUUUUUUUGUGAAGGGGGCAACAACGUUCCUGACAAAGUUUAAUACCAAGAUCUAGAAAAAUUGGAAAGGAUCCUCACUGAAUUCAUUUUUUCUUUCAAUACUUUAUAAAAGAACAGAAUUUUUUUUCUAGCUACAGGUAAUAUUUAGUUUGGGUACAUGUACCCCUAAGUAAUUUUUAAUUGGUCAUAUUAACCUGCAAAAGUCAAUUGGUACACAAAUCAUUAAGAAAUGAGGGAAAAGGAUCCUUAUUCGAAGUAUUUCUUUUCCUUGCUCUACUUUUCAGGAACAGCAAAAAUCUAUAAAUAGACUAUAUCUUACUCCUUGGAAAAUAAAAUAAAUAAUAAUUUAGAUGCAAUUGCUGGCACAGAUAUGGAUGUAGAAGACUGGAAUAUGAAAUCUAUUAAAGCAAACACUUAUUUGCUUAAUUAAUAUGGAGAAAUCGUUUAUCGUAAUGUGGAUCUCAAUCUUUCAGUGUUGGAACUCAACUUCAUAUAUGAGGAAAAUAAAACUGGCUUUAAUUAGACAGAUUGGAACUAAAUUUAACAUUUAGCCAAAGGAGAUAAAGUUAUUUCGAAUUGCUACCUGGAACAAACUCAGAUUCUAUGCAGAUACAAUUCAAUCUAUAAAGAGCCCAUUAAAAUAGUUGCCAAGAUAAUUCCUGGCAAUUUUACUUUAAUGAUGUAAACAUUACUAUACAUAUUUAGGUUUACUAAUUCAAGCUUUGAGGCUAAUUUGUAGAAAUAAUUUUUAAUUAUGGAACAAAAUAUAUAUGAGUAACUAAAAAGUAGCUUUAAUACUUAGAUUUUAAGUUUCUUAGCAAUUAUUUUUGUCUCAAUGAUAAUUGUAAUACUAAUGUUUCUGCCCAUCCUCAAGGUAAUGUUAUUAGCUAAAUUAUAUAUUAAAAAGAUGGGCAAUAACCUUGAUAAAGAGAUCUUCAAAAUAGCAAAUAAGGCAAAAAGUAGUAAAGGACUAUUUAAUGAAUUGCAAAUCAAAAUUAUUAAUUUUGGAGAUAUCAUAGAAAAAAGCUAGUUAUUAAAAAGUGACUAAUGUAAAAACAUCGAGAAAAUUUAAUACAAGCAAAAAUUCUAUUUUAGAGAGUAAAGUGAUUUUUUGAAAUAAAUUCAUCUUUAAAACCUAUAGGAUGAUACAUAACAAAGGAUACCUUAGAAAGCACUCAUUUAAAUAAUAACUAGUUUAUUUAAAUAAACAAGUUAAAUCCAUCAUUCUUAAAAAUGA